CAUUAUCAACACGAGUUAGUGUUGUUGCCCAAAAAGCGUUUUUUUUCCCUCUAUGAUAUAAAUUAUUAGCCGGUUUUAAGAGAAUUGGGGAGGCCCGCAAGUGUAUUUAUUUCUUAGUUACAUCGUGAGUUUAGUUGUGAAGGGAACUUUUAAUUACUGGAUUUUUUAAAAGACAAAUCGUUUGCUUCAUAAAAUUCUGAAAACAAUGUGGUUGGGGAUUUUAGGCGUAAAAAUAAAGAACACUUUUAUGGUGGCCGGGUGGUGAUUGGAGCUGUUUCAACUGCGGUGUCUCUUAGCGCUCCUCACCGGGCAUCAGUGCAGUCCAAGCCGCUACAAAGAUACGGGGACAUCCCGGUGCGACGAUGACAUGAAUGUAAGUAGAAGUGAACCUAGCGUCCACAUGUCCACACUUCACCGUCCGUUAGAAUGUUCCUGAAGAAUGUUCCACGUGUGGUUGCACUGCAGACAGAAUGGAGGCCAUACGGGCCAAUCGGAACCUUUAGCCUUCCUAUAUGCUUCACUGACUCUGAAAGAGAUUUAUCAACCACUGACACACCGAUCCCAGAUAAGGUCCAGAUGAUCAUAGAAAGCCUGAGAAGCACUCAAUCCUCUAUUGAUAUGAACAAUGACUACAACGACAGCAUGCAGGGAAAUCAUGCCAGAGCGAAAUGCUCUGAUGGGCCAACAAGUCGUGAAGCACAAGAGGUGAUUGAGAAGAAAGCAAUGGAGGACGCCAAGCCAGUCCUGCUUUCUAAUUCGGACGCAGCAGAAUAUGAGUCUCUGGCUCAAGAUUCCGAUAGUGAUGACUCUGUGGAUAGAGACAUAGAAGAGGCCAUUCAAGAAUAUUUAAAAAAGAAAAAUGAUUACAGUGCCCAGUCCAUUCAAAAUAAUGCCCCAUGUGACAAAGUGGUUAUUAGGGGCCGUGCUCCUAAGAAAAUUGAAAGUGCCGUUCUUCCAGUUAACACUGCUAAAAAGAAGGAGGAACCAAGAGAUCCCCUAAGAUUAAAUACCAGUAAGAGACUAAGGUGUGUCUCGUCUUCCAGUGCAAGCAGUGAUGAUUCUUUUGACCAAAGUAUUCAGGAAGAAAUCAAACGCUUUUUGACUAAAAAGAAGGAACAUGCAGGGGAAACGCACAUCUCCAAAAAGCCAAAAUCCACACCGCCUCCUGUUAAAAGUGAGAAAUCAUCAGCUGAAGUUCGUUUGCACUUUAAAAAAAACGCUAUCAACAGAACCUUUGUAUCUAGCAAUACUGUUACCACUCAAACUACAAGAGAUCCCAGUGAUAAUUUUCAAAUCUUUUGCAAAGUGGAUGAUAACUUGUCAGAUUCCAGCAGCGAUGAUGGAAUUGAAGAAGCUAUUCAGCGUUACCAGCUGGAGAAACAGAAAGAGAAAGAGGGAGACGUAUUCAAGUUCUCAGGAUCAACACAAACCCAGCCCAGUUUGGAUUUGUGUGCAGCUCAAGGUGCUCACAUAGUUAAGCAUCAGAAGAUAUUGAGCAGGAAAAAGAAACGGAGUGACUCCAAACCUGCAGUGUCAACCCACAACAUAAGCAAAGACCUGGACACGGAGGAAGUCAGAGGAAAUGUUUCUCCUUCACCUGAGAUGGUCAGAUUUGAGCCGACAUUUCCUCUGAAGGGAAAUACAUCUGCUGAACUGAUGUGCGCUGAAGCUAUAUUGGACAUUUCCAAAGCAGUGCUGCCAACCACAAUUCAACCAAGUGUAAUUGUUACAAAAGCUUGCACAAACACCAGUCCGCUUCCCUCGGGAGAUGUGCCUUAUUGCUCAGAGAACAGUGACAGCAGUUCAGUGGACAGUGACGACGGCAUAGAACAGGAGAUCCGUAAUUUCCUGGCACUUAAGGCGCAAAUGAACAGUCAGCCAGCCAGCACUGGCAGCCUUGUACAAAAAGAGGAAAGCACUUGUGCACUGCAGCAGAAGUUUCCCCCUUCCCGAACAAAGAAACUAAGCCUCUCUCUGUCACGUAAAAGAAAACUGAAAGACGUGGAAAGUGUCGCACGAGAAGGUGUGCCACAAGAAAACCACAUAAAAGAACAACAGCAAUUAGAGCCUGUUGCAGCGACUGAUGGAAGCGGCGGUGCCACUCUUCAGACCACAAGUACAUCUGCAGAGUUCAACGAAGCGCCUGAUAUGCCUAGCAGAGAAGGUGAUGUGGACCAUAAGUAUAACUCGGGUAAACCAAUGGAGGUCAAUAGUUCAGGCACUGCUGGGCAGCUUGGGAAGGAAUCCUUGCAGUUUGAGGACACAGAAAGGGGACAAACUGGCGAUAAGAGCAGCUCACUGGACAGCGAUGAAGACCUGGAUGCUGCUAUCAAGGAACUUCUAAAAACAAAGCGGAAAGUAAAAAAGAAGACUAAAGAUUCAAAGCUGAAAUGUAAGAAACGUGUAAGCUUUGGAGGUGUAGAAAUGUAUCCAGUUGACAGCCUAGAGACUGUAAAGCACAAAUCUGUCACCGAGCUUCCAGCAGGUGCUAACCAAAGCAUUCCCAAAAGCUACAUUUCAAAAAGUAGCAGUAGGAAUCUAAAUCUGAAAUUUAGAAGGAGUAAUUUUAAAAAAGAGAAGAAGUCUAAUGCUUCUGAUCAGCCGAAGCAUGUUCCUGAAUCAAAAGGGCAAAGCACUCUUGACAGCCCUGUAACUGGCAAGGAUCAUAGGGUAACUGGGCACAUAGAGCGCAUUGCUGAAGAUACCAGUUCAGUGGAUAGUGAUGAUAGCAUUGAGCUAGAAAUCAGGAAGUUUUUGGCUGAGAAGGCAAAGGCAUCUGCAGUGGGCAGCAAGCAUAAAGAGGAACACAAAGAAACCUGCAGCAGAAUAUCCAAUGAGGCGAGGGAAAUAAAGUUGGAAGCUCAGCAUGCUCAGCAGAUUGGAAUCUCAGCAAGUGUUGGGCUUCACAGUGGACAGAGCAACCAACUACAACCUGGCAGUGAGUCUGAACAAAUUAGUGCUACAGAUUCCCAGGAAUUCAUUGUGCGGUCAACUGAAAAGAGACCACAAGUCACUGUGGCUUUAGGCAAAAAUGCUACUGUUAGUCACCGGGUAAAAAAUGGGGAUGAGGCCCUGCAUAGACACAGCUUUGAGAAAAAGAGCUCUCAGAAAAGCAUGGGAGACAGUUUGGGGAGUACUUCAGCCGAGCAGAGGGGUCUUGUACUAUCAAGCCCCAGCACUGCAGAAAACAACAUUGCAGAUUUGAAGGGUGUGGAUCUGCACUCCAAUUCACAGGCUUGCCAGGAAACACAGGCAUCUGUUACAGAAGAAACAUUCCAGAUCAGAACUGUAAUUUCUAGUGAUGUUGAGGGGGGACAACAGCAGAAAAUGUCCAGCUAUUCCAGUUUGGUUUCGUGCAAUCAUCAAGGAAAAGUCAGGCAGUCAGAUAAGGUUAGACUCAACGUCCCAGCUGAUAACUUUAGCGCCAAGAGUUUAAACUCGGGGUGUGAGAAGGGGGAAGAAGUAGCAAAUCGAGAGAGAGUGUUUUCCAGUGCAGAUGUGAAAUCAGUCUAUUCAAAACACUCCAGUGUGGGGCAUAUGAUGUCCCCAGAAAAGAGACAGACAAGAGAGACAGACAAUGUUAGUUUACAAAGCUCAGUCGUGGAAAGUACAGUGUCCACCGAGAUGAAACAACCAGUAAGCGCUGUGCAGUUCACUAGACCCAAGCAGGGAAGAGCCAAGGACAGUGAGGACCAUUUUACUGACAAAGGGCGUUGCAGCUCAGAAAGCAACAAGAAAGCUAGAGAGUGUAACACUGAAGAACAAGAGGCAGGAGAUGUAGGCUUAGAUGAGACUUGCCUUGAAUCAGAUGAUGACCAAAGUGGGAUAGAUGCAAGAGAGAGAUUAAAAGGGAAUGGAGAGCAGUCUACUUUGUGAGUAUAGCUUAUAACUUUUUUUUUGUUUUGGAGUUUAGUAAUUGAUUUAAUGUGCCACAUAAAUUCCAGUAGUUUGACAGGUUGCAAGGGAUUCCAGAAUUGUUUGGUCCAGAAGGUGAGCACAGUGAAUACUAGUGCACAGUGCAAAAAAAACAACUUUUUUUGUACAUUAUUUUGUAAAAGAUAUUUAAAAAUAAUAAUUCUCAUGAAGUUGAGAAUUAAAAAAAAAAAGUCUUGUUUUUUCUUUUUUAUAUUCAACUGCAGUUGUGAAAUGUAUGCAGAACAAUAUAGCCAGUAGUUGUUUAUUUUUUUUCAACCGUGUAAUGUGCUGUGCUGCUCUGCAGGGUUUGGAAGCAGCUGCACUCCAUGCAAGGGUUUCUGUUCAUUUGUAAAGAACUGUCGGUGGUGCACACCUCUAUAGAAAACACCAGUACUUUACAGCUGGUCUCCUUCAUUGUGGUUUAUAAAUGUUGCAGACCUACAGUAAGACCACGCAGUCCCCAGUUUUUUAUGGCAUGCAUUAGUUUUGUAAUCUUUAAUAAUCUAAAAUUGUCAGUAUUAAUAUGAAUAUAAUACAUUCUCCAAAACAGUUUAAAUACAAACCCUUCUUUAAUACACUAUUAAUGGUAUUUUAUUGGUGAUCUGGUGUUUACUAAACCCACAUGCAUAACAAUUAUGAUCAAUACAUUAAGAUGAUGAUAAGAAAUGAUGAAUAGAUUCUAAAACUAAUAUAGUUGUCAUAAAAAGGGGAGGACAUUUAUAGUAAAACUGAUAUUCUACAUCAUUUAUAUUAAAGUGUGUGUUCCAUAUUUUUUAAAUUCCUAAAUCUCGUGCAAAAUAUGUUUUGUUUUUCUGCUGUGUGGCACUGUUGCAUAUUCCUGCUCCAUUUUAGUGUUUCCAGGUGAGGAUUUGAUUUACUUUAGGAAAUAUGGUUUGUACUCCAUCAUAUCAACCAGCAAUACUUGGACAGGAGUGGGAUAGAUUUUAUUGCACAGCGAUUGGAAACCUUUUCUUUAGGAUUAAAACUCGGAGCAGUUAAAUUGGAAUUCAGUUUUAAAAACCAAAUAAUAACAAACAAACAAACCCUGGCAUAGAUACUGUUAAUGUGUUUGGCAGCUUUAGCACAACAUAAUUGCUGUCAUAAAUUAAAUGAUACUCUGCUUUUUCUUUGUUAGUUAAAUGCGCUAACAAAUAUUUUGGAAGCAAUUCAUGACAGAUGUAAUUUCCUGAUUUUAAGAGAACUGAAAUCUGCUUUGUUUAUUUCAUAAGAGGAAGACAUUUUCUUUGUUUUUCUUAGUUUCUUAGUUCAGUGCUGUUAUUGCUUGUUCUUCUUGGUAGACACACUUAACUUCUGUUACAUUGCACCAGUAAUGCCAGGCAUUAAACAAGGCGAUUUCAGAUGAUUUUUUAAUAUAUUGUUAUAAUGCAGUUGGAGCGGCCCAUUUCUGCAUGUCCUCAUUUGCAUUUGGUUUGAACUUGGUCUGCUGCUGAUUGAAACAAAUGGUUUUAAAACUCUUUCAACUUGGUCCCAAAGGUUCUGUACUGUUGAUUUAAAAGAUGCUCAUUCUUGUAUAAAGUACAUUUUUUUCUUAGACAGUCUUUAGAGCAGACAAUUACACUAGGACAGACAACAGCUGAACAAGAACUGAUGUCCGGUCUAGUUAAUUUUACUUUGAAGAUGAGAAACUCAAACCUCAUUAUUUCUUAUGGGAUUGUAAACCGAUUUGAUAAGUACUGCUCGGAUUGGUUGAUAGGGAUUAUGUGUAUUUUUACAAUGAAUUAAACUGUCCCUCCCUGAAAUUCCCUCUGUACUUCCCUAUGUGGCCUUUAGAUGAGUUUAUGGAAGCCAUUAUCUGAAGUACAGCAAUCACAUUCUCGCCAUAAAAACAUUUCUUAGUUUCAGCAGUUAUAUUCGCCUAAAUUACAUCACAAAGAAAAUAAAUACAGCACCAGUCUUUCAUGUUCCCUGUGUAAUACUGUAAUAUCUAAAGCAGCUUAUUUUCUAGCAGUAUGAGUCAACACCACGUUUAUUUAAGUGCUCGGCUGAAAACUUCCCAACUGUUUACAAAUCAGCACACCCAAGAUAUGUUAGCCACUGUUGUUGCUGGUCACACUUGUUAUUUUGGCCAUUUCUUCAAAUAUCUUGUUAGAACUCCAUCACUGAAGUGUGUUUAUAAAUGAAGAUUGUGCUGUAGGCAACUAAAGAGUCUGAUUUUUGUUUUGUUUUUAGAAAAAAAAGAGAUGGUUUCGUUUUAGAUGCACUGUUAAAUUUGAGAAGUUUAGAAAGUCAAGAUAUCCGACAUAAGAAGGAAGUAGUUAAACCCUGUUUAACGUUGUCCUUUUCUUUCUUGUCUUUGGCAAAGUCCCUUUGAAUUUCUAAUGUGAAAACUAUGUUAUUUAUUUUUGUUCAUAUAAAUAAAGAAGACUUUACUGACUUUGCUGUGCAUUGCCAGUUUUCAUACAUAUUUUGAAGAACGGCUUCUCCCUUUUUUUGCUGUACAUGGAGAGGAUGUUCAAAUUUGAGCAGCUAUGUAAUAAAGAUUGGAUUUCAACUAUACCUCGAUUCCAAACUUUUUUUUUUUUUUUAAUAAUAAUAAAAAUAAUACAUUGGUCUGAUUUUUUACCAAAGUUAUGCCUUGGUCCCUCUUUCCAGCCAUGUUGACUAAUUGUCCUGUUAGCUUUACAUAUGAUGUGACCUGAAAGAAAUUUUAUUGUAAAGUUGUUGUUUGGAUACAAAGAAUGUAUAAAAUCAUCCAAUGC